AUUUCCCUCAUAUAACUUUGUUUGUUUAUUCAUUACUUGAAAAGGAAUGUAAUGAGAUAUGCCAGUGUGAAAUCACUCAAUGAGAUUGUUAAAAUUUGAUGAAUAGACACUUACCUCAGACUCCAGUAUUUGAGACUAUUUCAGAUUGCAGAUAUUUUGAUUGGAUAAUUCAAGUCACCUUCAUGAAUGACAAAAUCUCUUUACAAAUCAUACAACAAAGACGCAUGUAGACACACUUACGAGAAGAAACACAAAAACACGUACGAUGGUAAAGGAUAUAAAUUUAUGCUAUAUAAGCAAUCUUUCCACCAAGCCCUCAGAAACUCAAAAUCAUGAAGAUGACUUAUUUGAUUAGCUCCAUAUUUCUCAUAAUUUCUUAUUACGCCGUCAAUUCUUUGGUGCCAAGACCACUGAAGCAAGAGAUGGGUGAAUCAUUGUGUAGUGUGGCCAACCUACUUUCCAUUGAACACGAUUAUCCAUACUGUUACAUACUCAACGAAGCAUUAAAAGUAUUCGACAGACGUCUUCUGCACAUACAACGUUCGCCACAGUCAAAUGACUAUGAGACAGUAUCUUGCAGCAUCAAGGUACUAAGUUUUAUCAUCACUAGCGGCUGUGAUGAAUCACAAAACAAACUUUGGCCCAGUGAACACAUGGAUGAAUCACACAAAAUCAGCAUACUGGAUGGGAAGAUUGGUAUUGAAUCCAAUGAAGUAUGGGGAGUAUUGCACGCUUUGCAGACUGUCAUACAACUAGUGUACAGAAGUGAAUCGGGAGCUCUUGUAAUACACGAACAAAAUAUUGAAGAUUCACCACAAUACGGUCACAGAGGAUUUCUACUGGACACUGCUGACCAUUACAUCAGUGUUGAUGGGAUGGAGAAAUUCAUUGAUAUUAUGGCCGUUGUUAAAAUGAAUGUACUUCAUUGGCAUAUGACAGAUGACACUGCAUUCCCCUAUGACUCAUUCACAUAUCCCGAACUCUCUAGAAAGGGUGCAUAUGAUCCACAAAAGUUAGUUUAUGAAAAUGGGGAUGUUCAACGGUUGUUGCAGUUUGCUCGUCAACGUGGGAUACGUGUGAUCGUGGAAUUCGACACGCCUGCUCACACAAGGUCAUGGGAAAAAGGUUAUCCAGGACUACGAACGGAGUGUUAUAAGGACGGUAAGCCGACUGGUGAAACGGGUCCAUUCAAUCCUGCAAAUGGAACUACAUUUGAAUUUCUGAAAGCGUUUUUCAAGGAAGUCACGUCAGUAUUUCCGGAAACGUUUGUGCAUUUAGGUGGAAACGACGUAUGGCCCUCUUGCUGGAAAUCGAAUCCUGAUAUUUUGAAGUUUAUGGAGGAAAACAACUUCGGUAGUGAUUUUAGAAAACUUGAAUCAUAUUACUUUGAUCAACUCACUGAAGCCAUUCAAUCAGUUCAAUCAGAGGGGCAUCCUAUAACACCAGUUUUCUGGGAUGGAGUGUAUCUGGAUGGGUAUCGUCCUACUACAACCACUGUAAUUCAAGUAUGGAAGGGAGGCGUUUGGACAGGGCUUGUCAAAAGUAUAACAUCUGCUGGUUAUCGAGUUAUAUUGUCGUCAUGUUGGUUAUUCACUGGCAGAAGUAGUCCUACAAACUGGAUUAAAUACUAUGAAUGUGAUCCAACAGCAUUUAACGCCACUGAGGAAGAACGAAAUCUGAUUAUUGGUGGAGAAGCCGUUGUAUAUACAGAACACGUGGAUGAGUCAAAUCUCAUUAUGCAUUCAUGGAGCGUGGCACACGAGAAAAGUAAUGAUGCGCUGUCGGACAAUACGAAUCUUCCAUCCUCACCGCUUCAAUAAUCCUGAUACAUCAUUACCAAGAAGCGACAGAAUUCAACACGCACACCUUUUAUCCACCCUCCUGUAAAUUCUGACUGGAUAAUAUGUUUAUAUUUCUGUAACAAUUUGAUGGUGCCUGUAAACUGGUGUCCCUCAUGUACUGUAUUAUGAGAAUAAAUUUAUUUAUUUAUUUAAAUGAGACAAACAUAUCACUGAUUUCAAAAUAACACAUCAAUGAACUAUAGUUCAAGAAUGCUGCACACAACAAAGUUAUGUAUUAAAAUUGACUUCAAGACAUAUUUUUUCCCAGGCACUUAUAAUCCAUCCACCAAAGACCUGGUUUUUUUUGUUAAUGCGAAGACAAU